UUCUUGCCGUCCACACACGGACUGUGCUGACACUUUGCCCCCACUAGCUACGGCGACGCAUCUUAAAAGAGGCGUAAUCUAUCUACCUUAUUCAUAUCUAUGAUACAGGAGCUAGGAACCAUAGAUAUCGUAGUCAAUGCUCUAUGCUCUACAGUCGGAAGGUUGCAAUUAAGAGAAGUACAUGACAUUUAGCCAUGGUCGAUACUCUGUAGUAACCCAAACAUAACCAUUAGCGACAUGGCUACGCGUUGUAGCAACCACAUCCGCGUACGUUUGCACUUUGACUAUCCGCCACCGGCAGUCGUGGAUUGUCGCAUGUGCUGGCUGCUUGUGGAUUUAAACACAUGUCGCAUGGUGUCCGACCUGGAGAGCACCAUCAGAGAUAAAUUUGAGUUCAGCCGUCGGAGCAUUAUCAGCCUCUUCAUAGAGGAUUGCUAUCUACUCCACACGGAAAGCAUUUAUGUUGUACGGGAUAACGACUGCCUCAGAGUGAAGGUGGACUGUGUGUCCCACCUUAAUGGGCUCAGCCACCAUCUAAAUAAACCAAGUGAAAACUGCAAAAAGAGACAGAGACGCAACAAGGAAAAAAAUAGCGGCGAAAAUGUAACAUGUGUGGAACCAAUGGAAACAAAGAGGAAGAAAAAGGAGAUUCUGCAAGGCGAUACCAAAAAGACACCUGGUGUGGACACGGACAAUCGAAAAAAUAAACUAUCAAAGAAGAAAAAGCAGAAGGUAGAGGGAAAUAGUCUGACAGCUACCGACCAACCAGAAUUUCUUCCCCUCCAAAAUCACAAAGACCACCCAAGCUCCAAGAUUAAGGAUAUACACCAAACAAAAUCGCAGAAGACCCCUUCUUCAGAUUACUGUAGUGUGCAGGAUGAAGUCCCCAACAAAACAGGAACCAAAACAGACUCUUCUAUCCCUGCCAAAGUGCCUCAUCCCUCAAAAGUACCAAGCAGCAGUCCUGCCAAGAUUUGUUCCUCCUCCUCAGAUACAGGCUCCUCGGAUGAGGACACCACUGUGGAUCCCAAGCCUAAAAAUAAUGAUUUACCCGACAUUAGAUUACGAUUGAAUCACAAGUCGUGUUCUAAACAAUCAAACUGUGCACAGAAAAAUCAUUCAAGUGUGUCAGUAUUCCCCCUUGACCAAAUCAAAAUGUCUCAGGAGUCUUGUGACAUAAACAAUGGGGACAAGGCAGAUCUGGUUAACCUGCAGCGCACGCAACAAGAAAGUCUCAGUAACGGUGUUAAAAAUGCUCCACAAGAUUACGGUGCUAUGCCCCUUCUAGCUGCCCCUCCACAAGUGGGACAGAAGAUUGCAUUUAAGUUGCUGGAACUUACUGAGAAUUAUACACCAGAGGUGUCGGAAUACAAGGAGGGUAUGAUUAUGAGCUUUGACCCAAUCACGAAACAGAUUGAGCUGGAAUUGCUUUCUGCUUCACAAGCCCCUUUUGAGCCUGGCAAGUUUGACCUGGUGUAUCAGAACUCAGACGGAUCCGAGAUUGUGGAGUAUGCUGUGUCCAGAGGAUCCAAGGUAACAGAGCAGUGGGACUCUCUACUGGAACCAAGGCUUAUUAUUUAAGUCAGUGCACAAUUGUAUCCUCACUCUAUUUGACCAGACACAUUAGGUUUCACUGUAAUUAUGCGAAAAUGUUUUGUCCCUCUUUUUAUGUAAGCACCUGAUCUUUAUGGGACACUAACAAAUCCAUUUUUAAUACGUUUUCUACAUGUUCUUCAAAAUGUGGAUCAGACUCCAUAUAUUGCCUUUCACUUCCCUAUGAUGGUGUCCAGAUCUCGGACGUUAGAGUUUUUGGUGAGAUUAAAACACUGCAGUCAUUUUUUGCCUUAUCUGGUCUUUGCUACAACACAAGUGAUCAUUAUCUAUUAUUGUGGUACUUUGGAUAGCAUAUCCGGAAUAUAAGAAUAUAUCAUAAUUUAGUUUGAGUUUAUUCAAGAUUCCUGCUCACAGUGAACACUGAAUUGGAGCAAGAAUCAAAUUUUAAGAAUUGGCUUGUCAUUACUCAUAUAGUAUAUUUUCAUGAAGACUUUGUGAUUCCUAAAAUGACACCAAAGGCACUUCAUAGUGAUAUUGACACAUAUUAGGGAAUCACCGCUCCUGGAGGAUGAUCAUAUACAUUUUUAAUUUUGGAGAAAAAUGAAAAUAACGGGUGUGCCACAAAAAAAAAACACUGGUGGAGAGGCAAGAAAACAUUGUAGUCAUCACCUAACAUCGACAUCAGAUUGAAUUUGCAAAUUAGUCAGCAGUUAAAUAAGAGCGAUCACACCUUGGAGAGCUGAUGCACCAAGUGGAUUGACAACACGAGAUGUCCGAACGAAGGAUAGAACAUCUUCAAGAAGGUAAAAACAUUACAGAAUGUUGCGAAAUAGGUUGUUUUUUCCCUGUGAGCAGUGUCUAAAAUCCGGGAGGUUGUAAAAGUGAAGCGUCCUGGUUGACCAAGGAAGACUUCAAAGCGUCAAGAUAGAAACUGGAAGCAAUAUCUCUUGAAAAUAGAACAUGCACAACAAAACAAAUGAGGUACAAAUGGGCGUAAACUGGAGCCAACGUCUGUCACCGAACGGUAAGGGAAUGGGAUUUACAUUGAGAAAAGCCAAACGAAAGCCAUCCAUGACACAUACACAGAAAUAAACGAGGCUACAACAGUGGGCAAUAGAAAAGCAAUCAUCAAAUGUGGAUGACUGGAUGAAAGGGAUUCCGUGAUGACUCUGCAUUGGGUAAGGUGAUGAUGCUGGAACCUUUGUUUGGUGCUGUUCCAAUGACAUUUAUGAAGAUGGCUGCCUGAAGAAACCAUGCAAAUAGCCACAGUCACUGAUGGAAUGGGGCUGCAUGUCAGAUAAAGGCACAGGGGAGAGGGCGGUCAUUACAUCUUUCAUGAAUGCACACGUUUACAUCGAGAAUUUGGACACUUCUGAUUCCAUUGAUCAAAAGGAUGUUUGGCAAUGCCAUUGGGUUUCAAGAUGAUAAUGCAGAGAGCAAAAAAAAACUUCCUUCACGAAAGACAAUGUCAAAGCCUGCAAAUAGUCCAGAUCUCAAUCCAAUUGAAAUGGUGUAGUGGAAAUGAAAGAAAUGACAAUGACAAGGCUCCCAACCUGCAAAGCUGAGCUGGUGACAGCAAUCAGAGGAAGUUUGAGCCAGACUGAUGAAGAAUACGCUUGGUGACUGACUGAUGAAGUCCUUGCCUCGGAGGCUGCAAGCUGUUAUAAAAGCAGGAGGUGGUGCAAGGAAGUACUAGUAGUGCAGUGUGUAGUGUUUUUGUUUUUUUGUGUUUUUUUUUUUGGGGGGGGGGGGGUUUGUUUUUCGUUUCCAUUUUUUUUCCUCAGAAUUGAACGAUUCCAUAUUUCCUUCCUGGACUUUUUCCUGGAAUUGUGACUUACUAAAUGUUUCUUUCUUGCUGUUUUUGUUUUGUUUUUUAAGCUAGAAGGGUGGUAUUUUGAAUAAAAUUUGUUUUGUGGAACAUCCA